UCUUUCUCUGUUCCCAAUCUCCAGCCAAAAGGAGGAGCAUGUCACAAAAAGGGAAAUGCGGCAUCGGCGUCAACGCCGAAGGCCCACCACACCUGCAACCAGGUUCCACAGUUGAGAUUAAACCCCCCGAAUUUGGUUACCAGGGUGCAUGGUACACCGCCACUAUCAUCCAGCGCAAUACUCCAAUACCCUCCAGGAGGUUCAUGGUCCAAUUCACCCAUCUUUUCCAAGACCAAAAAACCGGGGAAAGACCCUUAAGGAUGUUCAGCGUCAGCCAUAUACGCCCUCAGCUCCCUCCACUACGUCCAAGAAAGUUCAAGCAAGGUGAAGACGCGGACGCUUAUCACAAGUACGGCUGGUGGGAAGGGGUGAUUCUUCAAGAGUGGAAUAAUGACAACUAUCUUUUUAUGUUUCACAGUGAUAAUCAGUCGCCAAAGUACGUAGUGUUUGGAGUGAAUCAAUUGAGGCUUCAUAGAACCUGGUUUAAUGGGUAUUGGGUACCGCCAGUGCAGGAAUCUGAGCUAGCUGUGGAGGAAGUACAAAGGGAAGAAGAGUAUAAUGAGGGAGACCUUGUUGAGGUGCGCAAUGAUGAAGAUGGUUCUAACCGUUCUUGGUUUGCCGCAAUUAUUGCUAAACCAGUGGGGAAUAAAAGGUACCUCAUUCAGUAUGUGACCUUGGAAACCGAAGAUAACACUGAUUUCUUAGAGAAAGAAGUGGAUACCUCGCACAUUAGGCCUCGUCCACCGGAUAUUGUGGUGCCUGAUCAGUUUGUAAUGCUUGAUCAAGUUGAUGCUUUCUACAAAGGUGGAUGGUGGAAAGGUGUGAUUAUUAAGGUCCUUUCUGGUGAUUCUAAAUAUCAUGUCUAUUUGGCUACACGUGAAGAAAUGGAAUUUAAACACGAUGAAUUAAGGCUACACCAAGACUGGAUUGAUGGAAAAUGGACUAAACCUUCCCCAGUGAUAUGAAGCAUGUGCAUGAUCAUAAACGUAGUCAAGCUUGGACCGUUGCUUAAUAUGGCAUCUUUUCUCGUUUCUUUCCUUUUUUGACACUAUCUGUCUCUAUUUUAACUGUGCAAAAAUUCAGUAACUGUUGUUUUUCUAACAAUACAAUCGGAUAUCAAUUACCUAAA